CUCCUUCGCCCUCCCGCACCAAGCUCUCAGGAUGGGAAAGGGGUCGGCCUCCGGUGCUGGUUGUCCAGAUAGAGACCAAUGUAGAGAAGGGCCCCGGACGCCCGGGUUAGAGGCGGGGACACGUCCGGAACACUAGUCUGGUCUUGAGCAAGGACUCCCGGGCCUGCUCAGUUUUCCUUCGCAAGUAAACGGGGCCGAGUUCCUUCUCCCUCGGGAGUGCUUGAAGUCUGGUCCCAUCCUGGUCCCAAUGUACUCUGUGGCCUCCUUUCAUCAGCUGUCCGCCUGUCGCCAUGCUGCCCCUAUGCCGGCUGUGGACUCGCAGACCUCCCACCCGGCUCUUCACCGCGGCCGCCGGGCAGCGGUCUGGCCCCAGUAACUACUAUGAACUGUUGGGGCUGCAUCCUGGUGCCAGCACUGAAGAAGUUAAACGAGCUUUCUUCUCCAAGUCCAAAGAGCUGCACCCUGACCGGGACCCAGGGAACCCAGCUCUGCACAGCCGCUUUGUGGAGCUGAGUGAAGCAUACCAAGUGCUCAGCCACAAGCAGAGUCGCUGCAUCUAUGACCACCAGCUCAGCAGAGCAGCACCCCACAAGUCUCCAGGAACCACAGCCCAUCCCAGGGCUACUCACCAAUCACACAGCUCCUGGGCACCCCCCAAUGCACAGUACUGGGCCCAGUUUUAUGGCGUGAGGCCUAAGGGACCAGAGUUGAGGCAGCAGCAGCACAAACACAACCAGCGGGUGCUGGGGUAUUGCCUGCUGGUCAUGCUGGCAGGCAUGGGCCUGCACUAUGUUGCCUUCAGGAAGCUGGAGCAGAUGCACCGAAACUUCAUGGAUGAAAAGGAUCGUAUCAUCACAGCCAUCUACAAUGACACGCGGGCCCGGGCCAGGGCCAGCAGAGCCAGGCUUCAGCGGGAACACCUACACAGACAGCAGCAUCAGCCAGCACCCCGGCCUCCCCAAGGUCCCGAGAUUGUGCCCCGGGGCACCAGCCCCUGAGCGGCUCACGUGGAUGGCCUCUGUGCGUUCGCUCCUUGCUUCUCUUCCCGGGACUCCCCACUCCCCCAGACGCGUGCAAUAAAGUGAUUCUUAGA